CACAUUUGUUCUUCAGAAAUCCUUUUUUCUUAGAUUCAUCGGCUGAGGUUAACUGUAAAUAUUCACAACAAUAAAAAUGUAAUUUGGAUUUUUUAUUUUGAAUUUCAAGAAAAACACGAUAAACUUCUGCGCUGCAAACACAAACUCAGAGUCAUGGCGAAUAUAAAAUAUAGAGGGUGUUAUUCGACAGAUGAAUCGAUCAGUUCCAGAUGAGGACUUUGUGUUGUGAUAAAAGUUGUGAUUUUAUUAAAAAUAAGAAAAGAAAAAAAAAAAAAUUCUUUUGUUUGGCCCUACUACGUCAUCAUCCUGCGUCCAUUCAGCGGGACAGUCGCGGGGUUUGAAUCAGUCGGAUCUGCAGCCGAACCAAAACCCUCUUUAAAACCCGGUUCUGAGUUUCUUCGUCCCUGAGACUUAAUCGAUAUGAUCGAAAAAGAAGAGUCGGUGAUCAGUGAGGAGGAAGCGGCUCAGUAUGACCGUCAGAUCCGUCUGUGGGGACUCGAUGCUCAGAAGAGGUCAGUUAGCUGUUAGCAUCCCGGAGGCUAAAGGCUGGAGGUUCGAGCCGAACCUGAGCUCCGGUCCACUUUCACCGAACCGACGGGUUUACCAUUGGGUUCAGAGACGCACUGACAGACAGGGUUUAAUCUGAAAUACAGUCUGACUGACAGGAGAGAGUUUAGAGGGAAGAAGGUCCAAUAAAACCAAAAACAGUCCAGACAAAAAUGUUUUUUAUAGAUUUAAUUAAAAUAAAAAUAAAAAAAAUUAAAUAAAUUCCUCCUUAAUCAUUUGGAGAUGAGUUACUGAAGCUCCAAAAAUAUUAAUGGACUUAAAUCUUUCAUCUUUUAUUUUACCAUAUUUACCCCAAUAAAUACACAUCACAUGUAGGUCAGUUUUUAAGAUUUAUUCUUAAAUUUGGGGAAAAAAAAAAGAAAAAACAAUUGAUGUUUGAACUUAAAAAUCGUUUUAAAAAUUGUAUAACAAGAAUCGUGAUACUUCUGUGAUUCGAUUAUCUCUCCCACCUUUUUUAAAUAUACAGUUCAUGUAAAAAAAAUUGUUUUUUCAGAUGUAAGAAUAAAUCUUAAAAACUGACUUACAUGUGAUGUGUAUUUAUUGGGGGUAAAUAUGGUUCCUGAAAUAGUCAGUAGACAAUCAUAAUCAUUCAACUGCUUCACUGGAGUUAAAAAUGCUGAUUAAAAAUCUAGAAAAUCGACAAUAUCGUAGAAUCGCAAUUUAAAUCGAAUUGGCAAAAAAAUCGUAGAAGAAUCUAAUCAGGAGAAAAACAUAUCGUCCCAGCCCGACUGUUAUCCUGGUUCGAUAAAAAGGUAUUUCCUAUGUGUGUGUGUGUGUGCCGGGGGGUGUUAGCUGUUCAGUGAGUGGGCUCUCUGUCCUGCAGUUAUUAGGUCUGAUAUGUUUAAGGGCUUGAACUAUAUUUGUCUUUCAGUGUUGAUAAUAAAACCACUUUAAAGCAAAUUUUGAUGCCAAUAACUGAAUUAAUGUGGAUUAAGAUUUUUGAGUGAAAAUGUAGAAUGGCGUAAACUUAGUUGAACUUCUUUAAUAAAAAGGAAACUGAGACUGAGUGAAAACAGGCUCAGCAGAGGAGACUCGAUCAGUUAGAUCGGUGAUCAGCAGCUCAAAAAAACUAACUAAUAACUGACCACAUGUUGAACAUCAUCAGUCCCAUUAAUCAGCCCGUAAUCAAUCCAUCCCUCGUUUUUUAAUUAGUAACUGAUGCCAUGGAAAACGCAGCAAAAUACUCGUUCAGCAGAAAAUAUUGAAGGUGAAAGACGUAAAAAAGAGCAAAGAGACAUAAAAAGACUGAGUGACGUCAUGAAAGCAGACCAGCUCUCCCAUUAAAGUCCAACUACUGAACCAGUUUCAGAGUAAACCAGUGAAACCAGUCUGAACUCUGUCCUCUGCUCUUCAGGCUGCGAGGGUCCAGAGUGCUCCUGGUGGGUUUAGGGGGUCUGGGAGCUGAGGUGGCUAAGAACCUGAUCCUGGCCGGAGUUAAGGGACUCACUAUGCUGGAUCACGAACAGGUAAGACCCCCCCCCACACACACACACACACACACACAGCUGAGGGUCUCUGCUUUAACCCCUGAUCUCUUAUUUUCAGCUGCUGAUGAGUGAAUUUUUUUAAGACCGAUAAACGAGUAAAAAGAGUCGAACCUGUGACAGUUCAACUUUACUGUGUUUUUAUGGACGACCACCAGGUGGCGCUGGUGGUUGAAUAACAGUCUCAAUGAGGACACAAGCCAGACACUGAAUCGAAUCAUCUGUGUGUGUGUGUGUGUGUGUGUGUGUGUGUGUGUGUGUGUGUGUGUGUGUGUGUGUGUGUUCUCCAGGUGUCUGUGGAGUCAUGUCGAGCCCAGUUCCUGGUACCAGUGACGGCUCAGGGUCAGAACAGAGCCUUGGCUUCUCUGGACCGAGCUCAGAACCUGAACCCCAUGGUGGAGGUCCACGCGGACUCGGGCCGGGUCGAGGACAAACCCGAUGAGUUCUUCCUGCAGUUUGAUGCCGUGAGUGGAGCUGAGCGAUCGUUAAACGUAGAUGUUCUUCACCUAGAUGUUGAAGUCAGUCAGAAUGAGCUCCUCUCUGAUCACAUGACCCACUGACCCGCUCUCUAAAUACGGGUCCGUGCAGUCCACUUUAUUUCACAUUUUCAAAAACAUUGAAGUUGACCAAAGUGCUGCUCAGUAAAAUUAAAAGAACAAACACGACAAAAAACAUCAGGAGGAAAUAAAUAAAAGCAGGUAAAAAAAAAAACAUUUAAAAUGAAAUAAAAACACAAAAGUGAUGAAAGAGAUCAGACGACUCUCCUGCUGAGCUAAAAGCCGAGGAAUAAAACCGAGUUCGAAGACGUGAUUUCAAAGAAGACAGAGAGAGGGGCGAGCUUUUGGGCGCCACAGCCGAGAAAGUUCGGUCGCCACGGGUUUUUACACGAGUUUUAGGGACGAGGACUUGGAGCUGAUCAGCUGACCUCAGGGGUAUAAAGAUUGAAGAGGUCAGAGAUGUGCUGUGGCGCUGAUCCGUUUAAAGAUGUGAAAACAAACAAUAAAAUUCUAGAAUGAACGGGAAGGACAGGAGUGAGACACAGAGUCCAGUCCAGAGACGGUUUAAUGGACAGAAGCAGCUCCUGUGGGCUCAGUCUGUCAGUGUCGUCUUACUCAGUCUGACCACUAGAUGUCACCUGAAGCACAUUUAUAAACACCAGGAUCUGAACCCAAACGUGUUUAUAUUCAUGUCUUCACUCUGUCGUUUGGAGACGGCGUCGGCCUCGGCUUCGCUUUAGUCUCUGAUCUGAAAUAACGGUUCCAGUCGGUCUGUGCUGCAGCUCGUUAGAGAUCCAAUUAGCCUGAUGAUGACACACCGAGGACAGCUGCAGUAAGAUGUCUGUUCUGGUUCUGUUGGGUGGACAGCGGGCUCAGUGGGUGGAGGAUGUUGACGGCAUGUUUGUAGACACAGAGCUGCUGUAGAAGCUGCUCAGUCGAUUAGAUUUAACACUGAAAAGAGAAAAACAGGCGACGGUGAAAAACCUGACAUGAUGGUUCUCAUUUCUGUGAAUCCAGAGUCCUCUUCAGGACCCGGACCCCCAACUAACACCCUGACUGUUUUCACUCCCAGCAGUCAAUGUGACAAUGAUGAUGAUGGAGAUGUUUCUGUGGAACCAUGUCAGGAUCUGAUUCUCACUCAGUCUGGAUCAUCUGAACUCCUCCUCAUCAGGAGAAUAACACGGAGCUUUUUUACUCCUGUUGUGUCUGAAUUGUCGGCAGUUUCUUCCCUGAGGGGGGGUGAAGUAAAGGUCGAGAGCGGGAGGGAGGGAGGAAGGAAGGAGGGAGGGAGGAAGGAGAGAGGAAGGAAGGAGGGAGGGAGCUCUGAGAGGAGGAUGAUAAAAGUAGGACACAGUGAAGUGAGGACGGCGUGAGAUAGAUGUUAGUGCAACAGAGAGGAGGAGGAGGAGGAGGAGGAGGAGGAGGAGCAGACGGACCCAAUUCAAAAACAGUAGGGGGGGGUCUGUCAGUCUGUCUGCGCUGAAGACCACCCGGUCCUUUGAUCCGGUCCACAGGUGUGUCUGUGCAGCUCAGCAGGAAGGAGGACGUCAGAGUCGGAGUGUGAACCUCCAGAAUCAGACAUGCUGACGGUGACAGGGUCUGUGUUUCUGCCUCACACACACACACAGACACACACACACACACACAAACACACACACACACACACAGACACACACACACACAGACACACACACACACACACACACACACACACAGGUAAACAAUAGAGCGGCUGUUUUCUCUGAGGUCUCGUCUGUUUUAGGAGAAUUCUUAGAGUUUCAGACGUUUGUCUGAUCCGAUCAUCAGAGACGAGUUUCUGUGAGCGAGACAGAACUUUGACCAGAUAUCAGUGUUCUUCUUCUCUGACAUUAGAAAGAGCCUCUCUCUCCCUCUCUCUCUCCCUCUCUCUCUCUCUCUCUCUCUCUCUCUCUCUCUCUCUCUCUGUCUCUCUCUCUCUCUCUCUCCCUCUCUCUCCCCCCCCCUCUCUCUGACCUCUGACCUCUGACCCGGUUCUUUGUCCCUCAGGUGUGUCUGACCUGCUGCUCCAGAGACCUGAUGGUUCGGGUCGACCAGCUCUGCUCCCGAAACAACAUCAAGGUCUUCUGUGGGGACGUCUACGGUUACUAUGGUUACAUGUUCUGCAACCUCGGCGAGGAGCACAACUACGUGGAGUAAGUGUGUCUUUAACUCGUGACCGUCACACGCUUACAUGACCUCUGAUCUGUUGGGGGUCAAAGGUCAGAGGCGGGGUGAGACAGGGACAGGAAACAGGCGGGGGGACCACCUGCUGACUCAGGUCUCUGAGAGAACAGGACCCAAACCCUCACCUGGUUUCUGAGGAGCUCCUGGUCUCAGAGCCGAAUUAGUCAGAACCAGAACCGGACACAGACGGGUUUGAUUCUGUAGUCGUGAAGGAACCAAGUCAGUGUAGCUGCAGACUAAGAAACAGAGGUCUGAGAUGUUCUCUUCAUCUUCAUCUUCAUCUUCAUCUUCACUGUCUCCAAAGGGAGAAACCUAAAGUGGUGAAACCUUCAGGAAAUUCCAACGACGGUCCAGAGGCCAAGAAAGCCAAGAUCGACCCCAACGAGACCACCGUGGUGAAGAAGGUAGGCCCGCCAUGACACUUCAGAGGAAUCCUCUUCCUGCAGGUCGGCUGAAGGUUUUUAAACAACAACAUCUUUUCACCCAAUCAGACGAUGAGUUUCUGCACCCUGAAGGAGGCUCUGGAGGUGGACUGGACCAGUGAGAAGGCCAAAGCGGGUCUGAAGAGAACCCCGGUGGAUUAUUUCCUGCUUCACGGUAAAGAAAGUCUGGAAAUUUAACCUUUUUAGACGUUUGAUGAUGUUUGAGAUCUUCUAACCCUUCAUGGUUUCUGUCAUCUUCACUCAGAGGUCCUCACUAAAGCAGCUCACUGACGGUGAUGGAGAUAUUCAGCAGAGUCUUUAAAUGUCUUUGACAUGAGGAGCAUCUUUACAAACCACCGUUUCUAAAAAUUCAUUUUAUCGCCUUUAAAAAAAUCUGAUUUUUUGACAAACUCGUUUUCAGUUGGUUGGAUUAAGAGACGCCUGAAAGUUGAGAGUCUGUGACUGUAACUGAGAUUUCUGAGUGGGAGGAGAGACAGCAGAGAACAUCAGACAAAGACUCCUGAGAGGACGAAAACAGGACAGAAAUCUGAAACUGAAAACGUGUAGGAUCAGCGUCACGGCGCCCGAGUCACAUGACCGACUGAUGAGCUAUCACUGAGCGUGCACGCAAAAUGAUUUACAUGAAGUCCUCUUCAUUUUCCAACAACAAAAACUCAAAGAAACUGAUAAAUACGUGUUUAAAUAUCAUCAUAAUAAUAAUAACUGUACAUUUAUAAACACAUUCGUCUUUAAUAGAAGAGGUACAGAGAGACCGGGACCAGGACUGGAUCCUCUGACCAGGACUGGAUCCUCUGACCAGGACUGGAUCCUCUGACCAGGACUGGAUCCUCUGACCAGGACUGGAUCCUCUGACCAGGACUGGAUCCUCUGACCAGGACUGGAUCCUCUGACCGCCUCAGACCUUUAGUUCAGAGCCGUUUUUUUCCUUUUAAAGUGAAGGUGAAGGUGACUUCCUGUUUCCAGGUUAUUUUCAUCAGCUGACCUUCUCUUCGGAGGAGGAGCUGUCACCUGGCUCUGCACCAGCCCAUCUCUGCACACCUGUUUCCAUCACAGGCUGUCCAUGACCAGUCAUGUGCACUGAGCAGAGAGCAGAGAUCAGCCCGACACCUACGACACGCCGCCAGACAACACGCCAAAACCAGCAGGCGUUCAGAGAUCACUGAGCAUGCUCAGAUCUGAGUUUUCAGCUUCAAGUCAUUUUUGUAGAUUAUAACAAAGACCGAAGACGCAGACAGGAAACCAUGUGGGUCUGACGGUCUUCAGGUGUCGAAUUACAGAUUUAGAGAAUCAGAACCUUCAGGUCCAAAAUUAGAGUCGCUUUAUUUAUUCACUCCUGAAACCCACAGCAGCAUCACUGUGUGUGUGCGUGCGUGUGCAUGUGUGUGUGAGUGGAAACGAACGCCCAGUUGUUGUCUGUGAUGGAGUGAGUGUGCGGCGACAGGAGGAGUGUUGUUGUUAUUCCUGCUCUGCUUCUAUAAAUGGAGCCAGCGGUUGUUGUUCUGGGCCGACCGAUGAGGAAGUGGUUCUUCCUCUGUUACAACUGCUUCCUGUCAGACCGAGAACAGCCUGUGUGUGUGUGUGUGUGUGUGUGCGUGUGUGUGUGUUCAGUUUAAUAUUAUGUAAUCAUAUCAGUGUAUAUUUAUUUACCUGUUUUAAGAACAAAGUCUUUAAAAAUGUGAAACUUUCUGUCUGAUCAAAGUCAAACUUCAUGAAUUUAGUCGUUAAAACGUGAAAAAUAACGAGGACAGAAGAGUGAUUCAGGACGGCGUUAGAUUUUAAUGACCGUGUGUAAAUUCAGGAUCCAGAAAGGCCAAACCGGUUUGAACCGGAUCCCCCGCUCUGAGGUCUGGAGUUAGUUCAGGCAGGCUGAUCAAGAAAGUCCUUUUUGGGGGUCCUCCAGGGGUCACAGCUGACCCCUCCCUGUCGCUGUCCAGGUGACCAGCUGUAGAAGAGCGUUUGUUUUGGACCAAUCAGAAUCCAGACUGACCUAAAACCGCUGACUGGAGCUUUAACAGAGUUUUUAUCCUCCAUCCAGACGAUUCAUUUCUGUUCUGGGAGAGACCGCCGCUUUAAUUAUGAUUGACAGCUACACCACCGCCAUCACAGCCAGUGUGACCACGAAAAAAAAACGUUUAACCUCCAAACUGUGGGGGUGUGGCCUCAAAAAUGACCUAUUAGUGUUUUAGAUGUCGAGGAAACAGGCUGCUGUGUCUGACCUUUAACCCCCCCCCACACACACACACACAGACACACACACACACACACACACACACACACACACACACACACAGGUGUGUAGGUUUAGUG